GCAGACAACAAGUAACUUAUCUCUCAAGGAUAUCAUUAAGACUGCGUCAUUGGACUCAUAACAGUAAAUAGAUCUAUUAUGGCAAUAGCCUGGAAGUCGGUACAGUCGCGUUGCCCAAAUACCUGGCGUCUAAAUUUAGCAGCGGGCAAUGCGAGAAUGUAACGGGGCUUCUCUGCCUUUUGGCCUGACACUACGUGCAGUUAUUAAUAAUCCGACGCUUCAGCUUCCAAACGUCUCCCGUCUGAAACACUGCUUUUGACAGAAGCUGGACUCCUCACGCCACUGGUAGUUCUGCGUAAAGGCGCAAAAACGGACGCGGGAGGAGGACGUGCAGCGCUGUGGUGGGACAGGUGUCCCUGCGUAGCACCGUUUGUGUGCGCGUGUGUGUUUGUUGAAUGAAUGCAUGCACUUUUAUUGCUGAAGCUGUCUCCAGAUGUGGUCAUCGUGCCAACUGGUACAUGUCACAUUUCUGAAAAGAUUUAGUCACAUGCUAAGAAUAAAAACACAUUUAGCUUUUUCAUUAAUAACACCAGUCUGGCACCAUACUUGUCCCCUGUCCUUGGUUCUGUAGGAGCCGACUGCUGUCUGCUAAUUUUGGAGGGCCCACAUUAAGCGCUGGCCACGUGAUUCAUUGCACCAGUUGUAGAGUCAAAAUAAUCAACUAAUCCUCGCUGAAUUAAAGUAGUCCUUUUGGCAUUUGGAUAUUAGUUUCGGUUUAUCCGACUGAUGCAGAUUUGAAACAUGAUUAAGAUUAUGGGUUGAGAAUUUGGAGGAGGGUUUUAGGGAAAAGCCAUCUGUUUUAUCUGUAGCCAUGUUUCUAGGAGUUACCCGCUCGCUCAGGAUAUUUGUAAACGUUUUGGUCACUAGUUUGCACCAUGUUUGAGCUUGUUGUAACCAGAAAUGCUGAAUCAAUAAGGCCAAACAUAGUUAUCAUGAUCAUUAUGUUGCAUAGAGCAAGGGUUAAAACCUUUUUGUACUGUCAAGUCAUCUAAGUUUUCCCUGGAUAUGCUCUGCAGUUUUGGCAGAUGAGUUUAUUGCCAGUUUAAAACGGGUAUAACUUAAUCUACUAAAAAACAGUCUAAUACAACAGUCCUUGAAUUCAUAGCAGCCCUGUUAUAUUGUACUGCAUUAGUUUUAACAACAAACUGGAAGCCGAGUGCAUUAAGGAAAUAGUAUUUGCUUAGCUUCUUUAAAUAAUGCCGCUGUCCCUCAGCCCUCAGAGCAGUUGUUUCCCGCCCAUUGCCUAAUAUUGAGCCCCACCCCUUGCUGUUUCACUUGGUUUCAUAAUACCGCUCAUUCUCUGCGUGGAGCUCACCCGAGCAGUCACUGUGGAAGUAGCCGUCCCGGUGAGGAGCCGACCGGAGGAGAAGAGACGAGUCAUUCAUUACGGCUUCGUCAUCAACAGCCAGCCAGAGCCAACAUGCGGGAAGAGCCUAAACAAAGAAGAAUGACCAUGGAUUUUUCCCAACUGCACACAUACACACCGCCACAGUGUGCUCCCGAGAACACCGGCUAUACCUACUCCCUCAGCUCCAGCUACUCCACAGCGGCGUUAGAUUUUGAGAAGGAGCACCAUAUUGCUGCCGUGUACGAGUCGCCCAGGAUGUCACGGCGGAGCCUGCGUCUGCAGACAGGUGCCGGACACCACGGCAAUGAGACCCUGGAUGAAUACUCCCAGAGCCACAGCAGUAGCUACACCAGCACAAGGAGAGAGACAAGGUCGCUGCGCAGUAAAAAGCAGCAGUCCAGUUCCAGCUCACUGUCUUUCCCCUUGAGCCAAGCCGCCACGCCGAGGAAAACCCUCUCCUUCUCAGCUGCAAAUACCCCGAUUAACAACAGCAGCAGCAGCGGCAUCAUCAUUCAUGAAGGCAACACAGCUUCUGAUGGCUCUUUGCUUACCUCCACCCUGGACCAGUCCCACCUGAGACAACGCACCGUCACCACAACCACUACUUCUACUACUGUGGAUGGACACUGGGGGAGUAACUCCAGCAACGACCACCAGUCGUCAAAGCUCAACGGCGGCGCCAGCGCAUCAAAAUCCCACCACUCACUCGUCAAUGGAUACAUCUGCAACGACUGCUCUUUCCACUCUCAGAAGACCGACUCCCCUAUCACGCAGUCUUCAUCAUCAUCAUCAUCAUUAUUAUUAUCAUCUAAGGCAGCAGGAGCUUCCUCAGAAGGCCUCUUCUCUUCCUCCACCUCGUCCCCGUUCACAAGAAUAUACUCCAGGGACAGGAGUCAAAGGAAAAAGACCGGUGUCCUGGUGUCUGUGUCUAACACGUGUGUGCACUACAGCAAACGAGCCCUGGCCCCCAUAGUGUCCUUAGUCACCCUGCUCUUCAACAAUGUGCUCUGGCUGGGUUCACGGGCCAGGAGCCCCCCAGGAAAAGGUGUCCUUGCAUCUUUUUCGGACUCAAUGAGACAAGCCAUGUCCUCCAGUCUGUCCCAACUGUGGAUAUUUAAGCAGACCACUCUUCACAGGAUGGUGGGCUACAGGGCUAAUGGCUAUGAAGGACAAGCCCACUCAAGCUUCUGUGGAAGCAUGAAUGUGAAGGAUCUGAGGACCGAAGAUGCAUCACAUCUCAAACUCAAUGGUUCCCUGUGCGAUGACUGUAAAGGGAAGCAGCAUUCAGAGACACACACUGUCCUCCUCACACACUCCUCCAGGUGUCGACGCCUGUUGGGGGGACUGUGGAGCGUCGUAGCUUUUACAGGUCACUUUCUCAUCCAGCCAGGUCACUGUGUGGCGAAAGCAGGCCAAGCGUUGGGAUCAUGGGUUGGAAGAGUGGUGCAGAGGCUCCUGUUGUUAUGCUGGAUGCUCUUGGCAGCUCCAGUGAAGGCAGUCAGGGGACUUGUGUGGUUCCUUGCUACAGGAUGGUACCAGCUGGUGUCUCUGAUGUCGCUCCUCAACGUCUUCUUUCUGACGCGAUGUCUUCCCAAACUCUGGAGGCUCCUAUUGCUCCUUUUGCCCCUUUUCCUCCUCCUUGCUCUCUGGUUGUGGGGUCCGUCCACUGCCGUCCUGCUCGCCUACCUGCCAGCCGUAAACCUAACCGAGUGGCGUCUCGCGUCUCCCUUGUCUAACGUGGUGCAAGUUUCUGCUCCAUCUCCUGCCUCCGUACCUGUCCCUGCAGCAGAAACUCCAGUAGAGGUCACCCCAGCCACCCCGGUCUCACAGGCACUACCGUCUCUUCCCCCUGCGGUGGUCUCGAGUGUGGACUUGGAGAGAUUGGAGCGUGUGGAGCGCCAACUGACCCUGCUGUGGGAGCAGGUCCAGCAGGGCGACCAGAGGCAGCAGCAGCGGCACGGGGAUGUCUUGGGUCUCUACAGCAGCCUGAGGGAGCAGCUCCACACUCAGACCGACAGGGAGAGCCUGGGAUUGUGGGUGUCCACCCUGCUGGAGCAGAGGCUCGGGGUGUUGAGGGGAGAGCUGGAGCAAGAGAACACCGGCAGAGCACAGAGCGCAGAGCAGCAGAAACAGCAGCAAGAGGGUCAGGCAACACGGCUGGCUGAUUUAGAGCUGCAGCUCAAUGCUCUGGCUGCUAUGACUGAGGAGGUGCAACAGAAGCAGAAGCAGCAGCAGCAACAUGAACACGAGAAGCAAGGAAGAGAAACAAAGAUCACUUCAACAGCAACAGUUCCUAUCAGUGUGGGUGUGAAGCAGGAGGACCAUGAUGCUCUGCUGGUGGAGGUGCAGAGACUUGAGUUGGAGCUGGCCGGGAUCAGAGAGGACCUGCAGGGUGUGGUGGGAUGUAAGGGCAAGUGUGAGCAGCUGGACACACUACAGGAGACUAUCUCCUCCCAGGUCUCCUCCCAGGUGCGUAAGGAGUUGCAGGCCCUGUUCUUCGGCAGUGGUGAGCCGGGAGUGGUGCCCGAGUCCUUGAUCCUCUGGCUGUCCCAGCGCUACGUGACCACACCCGACCUGCGGGCUUCCCUGUCCUCGAUGGAGCUGAGCAUCCUGAGGAACGUGUCCCAGCAGCUGGAGCUUAACCGGGCUCAGACCCUGGGUGAGGCCGAGUCCCAAGCCCAGACCAUCGUUAAGACUGUAACCGGAACCGUCCAACACGCCGCUGCUGCAGAGGGACUGACGGAGGAGCAAGUAAAGCUGAUCGUCCAAAACGCUUUGAGGCUCUACUCCCAGGAUCGAACAGGCCUGGUGGACUACGCCCUGGAGUCUGGAGGUGGCAGCAUCCUCAGCACUCGCUGCUCUGAGACAUAUGAGACCAAGACGGCCCUCAUGAGUCUGUUCGGCCUGCCGCUCUGGUACUUCUCCCAGUCGCCGCGCGUCGUCAUCCAGCCUGAUGUGUACCCUGGUAACUGCUGGGCAUUCAAAGGCUCUCAGGGCUAUCUGGUGAUCCGCUUGUCCCUGAGGAUCCUGCCCACCUCUUUCUGCAUGGAGCACAUCCCCAGGGCCAUGUCCCCGACAGGAAACAUCACCAGCGCCCCACGCAACUUCACUGUUUUAGGUCUAGAUGACGAGUACCAGGAAGAAGGGAAGCUGCUGGGGCACUACACGUACGAGGAAGACGGGGAGUCACUGCAGAGCUUUUCUGUUACGGAGCAGAACGACAGGGCCUUCCAGAUCAUCGAGGUGCGGGUGCUGUCUAACUGGGGUCAUCCAGAAUACACCUGCAUGUACCGCUUCCGAGUGCAUGGAGAACCCCGGCCUCAGUGAACCAAACCACCACUGGGUCACAAACCAUCACCCAAUCUGUACAUAGAUCUUUUAAAACGGACGGGACUCUGCCGGAAUGACGGGACGACGGUGAUCGAUAAAGGAAUGUGCCCAGACUGAGUUGUGUGGUUUUUGAAAGCGGGAAUGUCGGGAAUAGAACCACAGAAGAAGCUAAAACUCCCUACGCCCUCUUUGUCAAAAGGCCUCUAUUACUGAAUCCGCCUGUGAGGGGCGCCGUGCUCCACUGAGCGGACAAAUCCAUCCCCAUCUUGGCACCCUCCACUUCUACUUGGAGGUGGACGCUUGAAAUGGGGGGGAAACAGACUCAUCUCCAUCAUUUCUUUACACGCUGCAUCUUUUUGAUUUCCGUUUUUUUUAUCAUGGUGGUUUUAGUCAUUUUAUUUCCUGUAAGUUGAUUAUUUUCAGUAUCAAAGCCGCUGCACCGUUGAGCUGCGGCGCUGCCCCAGUGUGUCACUCUCUUUGUUGCUAUCAAGUCUCUGCGAUGGAUCUGAUUGAGCUGUCUGGGAAAGCUGCAGGACUGGACCACAGUCACAGUGGGCGAAUCAUGUUUCCAUAUAGGCAUAACUCUUGAAAGAGAACAUGCUGCCCAUGGACACUGAAUGUUUCAUCAAGGUGAGGCUCAAUGCAAAUCCUUUUUACAGCAACACUCAUCUGACCUGAGAUCUAUUUGUUUAGAGUAUUACAAGGCUCUUCACUAUGUACAUUAGACAUAAUAUGUGGAUGCUUGUGGAUGGACUCCAGGAUUUAUUCUAGCAUGUGAAACUUCCCGAACCACACUAACUUUUACAUGCACCAUGGAUUUACAUGAACGGGUCCUCUUCAUUGUUUUGGCUCUGGUUCCUGGAUCUCAAAUAACUAAAGGCUGAUGUUGAAGGCAACAUAAUGACUUCCAGCUUUCAACUUCUUGCUGUCAAAAAAUAAUAGAACUGCUCCUGUAGACAAGAGUAUGAGUUUUCUUUUCUGUUUCUCUUGAGAGGGGACUCUUGUCCCCUUGCCUAAUUAUAAACGUCCUCCUUACAUGGGCCCCCUGUUCAGAAACCGUGAAGGAAUGUAAUUUGUAUAUUUUGUUGAUAGUUGGUCCAUUAUAAUAUCUGCUUUAUCAGUGUUGCUUUAUAUAAAAAGUCAUCCCGUCAUUAUCAUAAUUAGUAUUGUAUUGCUACCAUUGUUUCUACUGUUAUUCAUUAUGGUGUUUCCUUUUUUUUGUUGAUUUUUGUUUUGGGGGGGGGUGGUUUAUUGAUGUUGGGCGAUGCACUGUAACAACUUGUUAGAGAAAUGUCUGUCACACAAGCUUUCACAAUAUGUUUUUAGAAACGGGUGAGUAGUGAUUCAUUUUGGUUGCAUAUAUGGAGAAGUCUAAAAAUGUAUAAAAAAUGUUUUGUUCACAAUCUAAUUUAUUAACAGUCAAAUAGUUAAAGCAAGAAAUAUGCUACUGCGAUGUAUAUUUUGUCAAAAGCUGUCAGUGCAUUUUGAAACCAUCAUGGGGCUUUUUUUUAAGAUAAAAUGGCUAUUUUUGUUGAGUCAAGAGAUGACUUAACGGCUUUGGAAUAUAUUCCAAUAAAGAUUUUAAUUUUGAAGAAUGUCUCAGAAUAACAUGA